GGCUUGUUUAUUUAUGGACCGAGGUAAUUGAGUAAAUUCAUGUGUUUAUUAUUAUUUAUUUUUUAAUUUUCAAUUGCAAUGUUUAAUGUUUUUAUCAUAUUAUUAAUUAAAAAAUUAUGUGUUCACCACUUUUACAAGACGAGGGUCAUUUGAGAAGGUCAAGUUCUGCAAAGGCUAAUCGAGCAAAAGGACCAAGGGUGACGCAUACUAGUGGUUCAAUGGACGUUAAUGUUUAUAGAAAGAAAAUACAACAAGCAACCCCCGAGGGUCGUCUACCAACAUUUCCUGAGGUCUACACCAGUAGAAGGCAGCACAAAGGAAAAGGAAAAGACCAACUGCCUAUAUAUUGUAAUGAUGAGGCUCAAGAAAUUGGAAUAAAAAAAUUGACACCUGAAUAUGCUGCUAGGCAAGAAGAAGAAGGAUUUGACCCUACAAUAGUUCAUGGUAAGUUAUUACUUAGGGCAACUGGUGGGGUCAAGAAAGGAUGGUUGAAAGGUUUGGAUAUUCACACACAUCCACAGGAUAUAGGUGUGAGCACAUCUAGACGGGAACCAUUCAGGCCACUCAUCAUAGAACAAUCUAAUAAGGUUAUCGAAUUAGAGCAGACUAUUGAAUCAUUGAAGGCAGAUAAUAAUAGCCUUCGACAAUCACAGAUGACCCUUAUGGCAGAUAAUGAGAGCCUGUGGCAGCAACAGAUGACCCUUGUUGCACAGAUGCAGCAACUCUAUCAGCAUUUAGGGAUGACCCCAGCGGAUACUAGUGGGACAGUCACCCCUAGGACACCCCGAGAUAUUUAGGUUUUUUAUAUUUCAAUUAAAUAUUUGUAUUUACU